CUAAACCGUUCGGAGAGUGGGCAGAGAGUGACUGCCGUUCACUGAGGAGAUGAAAAGACGACUACAGAAGAAAUACAUCAUCUUAAUUCUAGGAUAUUCUGUUGUUCUACUGUUGAUUCCUUAUGUUUUGGAUUCGAGUAAAUCGACUCGUGUUAAACAUGGAUUUCAACAGCAGAGAUGUCCCGAUUUGGAAAACACGAUGGCACUCUGGAAUAACGGAGACAAAUCUGGCAACUCAACGGAUCCGAUGGAAGAGACUGUCAGCAGGAACAAUUCAAAAAUACAUAUAUACCUGCAUGCCACCUGGAGGACGGGGUCUUCUUUUCUAGGGGAACUAUUUAAUCAGCACCCCGAUGUGUUCUAUUUGUAUGAGCCAAUGUGGAAUAUGUGGCAAGCUCUAUAUCCUGGAGACGCCGGGAGUCUGCAAGGGGCAGUUCGUGAUAUGAUGAACUCACUUUUCCGAUGUGAUUUCUCUGUGCUGAAACUCUACGCAGGAUCCGCCAACAUCACCACAUCUUUUAUUUUUGGGUGGAAGACAAACAAGGUCAUUUGUUCCGAGCCUCUAUGUAACGCAUACAAGAGGCAUGAAAUUGGAUUAGUUCAAGGGGAUGUUUGUAGUAAAUGUUCUCCCAGGGACAUAAAAGAAUUGGAGAGAGAGUGUAAGAAAUAUCCUGUUGUCGUUAUUAAAGAUGUGCGAGUUUUAGACGUUGGUGUUUUAGUGCCUUUAAUGAGGGACCCCACGUUAAAUUUGCAAAUCAUACAGUUGUUCAGAGAUCCACGGGCAGUACACAAUUCCCGACUGAAAUCCAAACUGGCUCUCGUUAAAGAGAGUAUCCAGAUCCUUAGAAGUAAAAAGGAGACAGACAAAUAUAAGCGUCUCCUGGUCCCCAAUAGCAGAGUAAACCGUGCGGAGAACUAUGUGGCUAGUGCAAUGGAGCUAAUAUGCGACAACUGGCUCAGCGACAUGUUGCUUGUCAUGAGCGCACCUCCUUGGGUGAAAAGAAACUACAUACGGAUACGCUAUGAGGACCUGGUGUUACACCCAGUUGAAGAACUACGGAGGCUCUAUCGUUUUUCAAAUCUCACCGUUUCUCCUGCCAUGGAGAAGUUUGUGAUGAAUAUGACUCACGGACAGGGCUACUCCUCAGACAAACCAUUCCUCAUAUCUUCGAGAGACGCCAAAGAAGCCAUAUUUGCCUGGAGAGAGCGGUUAAAUGUUGAGCAAAUUACCCAAGUAGAGGCAUAUUGUAGUGAAGUCAUGCGUCAGUUGGGCUAUGAGAAAAGGGUGGUUGACAAGACUUAAACGGGUCGUGAAUAGCGACAUGAGAAUCCAGGAGUCUGACACCCCGGCAUGAAAGAGGGAGCGAGCGAGCGAGAGAGAGAGAGAGAGAGAGACAGAAAAGAAACGGCAGGAUGUUUGGACUGUGGAACAGUACUACGGAGAGGCGAUGCUGGAGAGAGAGUUCCCUCUGCGUGGUGCAGCAAAAAGCCUCUCCCCCCCGAAAACAGGAGAGUCUAUACGCAGCCAGAGACAGACUGACAAGCUGAACACACACACACACACACACACAGUGAGAUCAACUGACAGCCAAACAAGCACUGAACACUUUCUAACCUAGUGAAAGACACACUCAAAAGCCAAUACUUACUAGACACCACAAAGAAAACACUAAAACAAAGAGAAGAGAGAGAUGCAUGGACACACAUGGACUG